AUAUCUCGAUAGUCCCAUCGAUAUAUUGCCAGCCUUACUGUGAGGUCUACUUUUUCAAUUAAAUUUUACUUACAUGGGAAAAAAUUAAAAAUGUUAAGUGAAGCAGACAACUUAGCUGACAUCUUUCGUGGUGGACUGCCUUAUUUUCUAAUUAUAACAUUACCCAUAUUAAUAAUAUGCUCACCAUGUCUUGCUAGUGAAUUUCAAGUAAUGUCAAUGACAAAAUUUGAUGUUAAUGGGGAACAAUUUGGAUCGCGGUCAUCCGUAAUAUCAUUAGAAGCUAAAUCCUUAUAUACUUGGAGCACAGGCCGGCAUUGUGUUCUAGCUAGGUUAAUGGACAUUUCCAUAAGUGAUUUUAAUAAGAUCCGUCAAAAAGCCGGUGGUCUUAUCAUUAUGUUUCCAGAUAACGUGCAAGCUUUAAGCAACGAAGUUAAGGAUCAGAUCUUAAUGCUAGAACAGCAAAUGCUUUCUCAAUCCAUACCCAUUCCAGUUUAUUUUGCUCCUUUUACCAAAAACCUGGAGCAUAUUAUAAAUGACAUCACAUCAACACCAAUCCAAAACAAUGUCCAAAACAAAACUGCCCUUGGCCAACUUUUAUUAUCAGUGAACGCCAAUGGUUACCACAUCACUGUAGAUGGCCAAAAUGGUGUAGCAAAUAAAAACAGUAAAGUGUCAACUAUUCAAGGAGAAUUCGUGCCAAAUCCCUUUGCUAUGCAACAGCUGGAGACUGGUGGCGAUAGCAAUAUCUUACCUCUUAUUUUGAUCACAGCCAAUUUGAAGACAUUUGGCAUAAUUAAUGAUUAUCCAUUAAACGCUGAUACGGCGGUUCUUAUGGCACUUAUAGAAAUAUUUAGUAAAUUACAUACCACAGUUAGUACUACGCCAAAAUAUCGGUUAGGAUUCUUGCUAUCGGACUCCGGACUACUACUUAAUUUCCAAGGAUCUAAGAAAUGGAUUGAAAUGGAUGACAACUUAGCAUUACGGAAUGUUGAGUUUGUGUUAUGUCUUGAUACGAUAACCCGAAGCUUAGAUUCCAAUCAACCUAAUGUAUUAUAUAUGCAUGUUUCAAAACCACCUAAAGAAAAAACUUCAAUAAGUAAUUACUUUAAGCUUCUAAAAUCAAUCGCUGGUCAUCACAACAAAAACCUAACAGUGGAGGGUAUUCAUAAAAAAAUAAAUCUAGCCGACUCCAAAUUAUCGUGGGAGCAUGAGCGUUUCUGUAUGAAACGGUUUCCUGCAUUUACAUUAUCCUCAGCGAAAUCCCCUGUAAGUCCGCUGCGAACUACGAUGUUUAAGGAUAACGAAUCGUAUAUAAUAGAGCAUUUGGUUAUUUCCGUGAAGAAUAUAGCCGAAUCACUUGCUUGUUAUAUGUAUAAAAUAGAUCCCUUCUCUGAAGUUUUUGAAGGUCAUGCUGCUAUAAUUGAAGACAAUAUUCGUCCAUACCUCGGAAUCAAAGCGACUUUGCAGAAUAACGACAUUAAAGACGGAUUUGAAAAAUAUCUGAAAAACGUCAAAAUAUUUUUUGACAAACCGGAUGAACGGGAACCAGAUUUUAUGUUUUAUAAUAGCAACAAUCCAAAGCUUAAUAUCUAUCGAGUCAAGCCCGCAAUAUUUGAUCUAUUUCUAACUUUCGCUAUAUCCGUUUAUCUGUUUGGUGUUUAUUUUGCCAUCCAUUUUUUUCCCAGAUUUUAUUCAUUAAUAUCGAACAGCACAAAUAUUUACAUUCGCUGUUUUAUUAAAUCAUCACCUAACGCCUUAAAACGAAAAUAAAAUACCCACUACUAAAUCAAAGAAAAAGAGUUGAAUUACAGAUAUUAUUUAGUACUCAUUAUCAUACAGAAUUGUAAGCUAUCUGAAAUAAAUCUAAGUCAACUGACAGAAGGACUUUUUUUUAAAACUUUCUGAAAAAUAUA